CCAUCUUCUCUGCGCGGCCGGCGCGAGCGCUCUCUCUGCCCCCUCCUCCGCUCCCUCCUCCUCCUUCUCCCUCCUCCCACUACGCUCCGCCGUGGCCGCCGGUCAGGAAGAGGGCGACCGGGACAGCGAAGGCCGCGGGGAAGGCGGGGGACGGGGGAGCAGCCCCGCGGGGGCGGGCGGGCCGCGGGGCGCCAGCCCGGGGGGUUCGUGCGGCCCCUCCGCUCGCCCUGCCGGCCGGCCGGGCCCCGCUCCCCAUGGGAUAAGCUGUAAACAUGUUCAGCUUUGAAGGGGAUUUCAAAACAAGGCCCAAGGUGUCCCUCGGAGGAGCGAGCAGGAAGGAAGAAAAGGCUUCUCUCCUUCAUCGUACUCAGGAAGAAAGGAGAAAACGAGAGGAAGAAAGGCGGAGGCUGAAAAAUGCAAUAAUAAUCCAGUCGUUUGUAAGAGGGUACAGAGACAGAAAACAUCAAUACUCUAUCCAAAGAAGUGAAUUUGAUCGCUGUGCUAAUUUGGCCCAGUCUGGAGGAACCUUUUCCACUGCUAAUGGAGCAAAUUUGACUCUUUUAGUUCGCCAGUUACUCUUUUUCUAUAGGCAGAAUGAGGAUUCAAAGCGUUUGGUAUGGAUGUGUCAAAAUUUAAUUAAACAGAGUUCUCAGUUUGUUAAGCAAUUGGAUGGUCCAGACAGACUUACUUGCUUAUUCCAAAUAAAAAGACUGUUGGGGCUGUGUUGCAGGCUACUGCAGAAUUGCAAUGAUGACAGUCUGAAUGUUGCACUUCCUAUGAGAAUGCUUGAGGUAUUUUCAUCUGAGAAUACGUAUUUGCCUGUUUUACAAGAUGUCAGCUAUGUGACAUCAUUAAUUGAACAAAUUUUGCACUACAUGGUUCAAAAAGGCUACUACAAGUCGCUUUAUUUGUUAAUUAACAAUAAGCUUCCCUCGAGUAUUGAGUAUUCUGAUGUUUCUCGUGUCCCUAUUGCAAAAAUACUUCUGGAGAAUGUUCUGAAGCCAUUGCACUUUACAUAUAGCUCCUGUCCAGAAGGUGCAAGGCAGCAGAUUUUUGCAGCCUUCACAGAGGAGUUUCUGGCAGCACCUUUUACAGAUCAGAUAUUCCAUUUCAUCAUUCCAGCGCUUGCUGAUGUGCAGACCAUUUUCCCUUAUGAACUCUUUCUGAAUGCACUAUUAUUAGCAGAAAGUGGAUGUUCAAGAGGAAGUGAUCAAGCCCCAUGGCUCUUCUACUUUGUGUUAACAGUUGGAGAAACAUAUUUGGGAUCCCUUUCAGAGGAAGGACUUCUUGUGUAUUUGAGGGUACUCCAAACUUUUCUCUCUCAGCUGCCUGUGUCUGCUGCUGGUACAAAUUGUCAAGAUGCAAACAGUGAUUCUGAAGAUGAAGAUGAAGAGAUCAGUAAAAUGACAACUACACUGGGUGAUGGGAGAAUAUCAGUCCAGUACAUAACUGAGGAGUGCCUGAAGAAACUGGACACAAAACAGCAGACAAAUACUCUGCUGAACAUGGUUUGGAGAGAUUCAGCUAGUGAAGAGGUCUUUACCCUGAUGGCAUCCAUCUGCCACACACUAAUGGUACAACACCGAAUGAUGGUGCCAAAAGUCAGGCUUCUUUAUAGUUUAGCCUUUAAUGCCAGAUUCCUGAGGCAUCUUUGGUAUUUGAUAUCUUCAAUGACUACACGAAUGAUUACAGGGUCUAUGGUGCCACUCCUUCAAGUGAUUUCAAGAGGCUCUCCAAUGUCAUUAGAGGACUCUAGCCGAAUUAUCCCUCUCUUCUACCUUUUCAGUUCUUUGUUUAGUCACUCACUUAUUUCUAUUCAUGAUAAUGAAUUCUUUGGUGACCCAAUAGAAGUUGUAGGUCAAAGACAAUCAUCAAUGAUGCCUUUUACACUAGAAGAGCUUGUAAUACUCUCCCGCUGCCUUCGAGAUGCGUGUCUAGGAAUCAUAAAGUUGGCUUACCCAGAAACAAAACCAGAAGUUCGUGAGGAAUAUAUUGCAGCCUUUAGAAGUGUUGGAGUUACAAAAAACGCAGAAAUGCAGCAAUGUAUACAGACAGAACAGAAAAGGUGGAUUCAGUUAUUCAAGGUCAUCACAAACUUAGUGAAAAUGUUGAAAUCUAGGGAUACAAGGAGAAAUUUCUGUCCACCAAAUCACUGGCUCUCAGAACAAGAAAAUAUUAAAGCAGAUAAGGUCACACAGCUGUAUGUGCCAUCAGCCAGACACGUCUGGAGAGUCAGGAGGAUGGGGAGAAUAGGACCGCUGCAAUCUACUUUGGAUGUGGGUUUGGAACCAGCACCUCUUUCUGUAUCUGAAGAACGACAACUUGCAAUUCUGACAGAGCUACCUUUUGUAGUUCCUUUUGAAGAAAGAGUAAAGAUUUUUCAAAGACUGAUCUAUGCUGAUAAACAAGAAGUUCAAGGAGAUGGGCCAUUUUUGGAUGGAAUUAAUGUCACCAUCAGAAGAAAUUAUAUUUAUGAAGAUGCUUAUGAUAAGCUUUCUCCUGAGAAUGAACCUGACCUAAAAAAGCGCAUUCGUGUUCACUUGCUUAAUGCACACGGCCUUGAUGAAGCUGGUAUUGAUGGUGGUGGAAUUUUCAGAGAAUUCCUGAAUGAACUCCUCAAAUCAGGAUUUAACCCCAACCAGGGUUUUUUUAAGACCACCAAUGAGGGACUGCUUUACCCUAACCCUGCUGCACAGAUGCUCGUUGGAGACUCAUACGCCCGACAUUACUACUUCCUUGGAAGAAUGCUUGGAAAGGCUCUUUAUGAAAAUAUGCUGGUGGAGCUGCCAUUUGCUAGUUUUUUCCUCUCAAAAUUACUAGGGACAAGUGCUGAUGUUGACAUUCAUCAUUUAGCUUCACUAGACCCAGAAAUGUACAAAAAUUUGCUUUUUCUCAAGAGUUAUGAAGGAGAUGUGGAAGAACUUGGACUAAACUUCACUGUGGUAAAUAAUGACCUUGGGGAAGCGCAGGUGGUUGAGCUGAAGCCAGGUGGAAAGGACAUUCCCGUCACCAGCGCCAACCGGAUCGCGUACAUCCAUCUGGUGGCAGACUACAGGCUGAACAAACAGAUCCGGCAGCACUGCCUGGCUUUCCGUCAGGGGCUGGCCAACGUGGUCAACCUCGAGUGGCUUCGAAUGUUUGAUCAGCAGGAAAUACAGGUUUUGACUUCUGGUGCACAAGUUCCUAUUAGUUUGGAUGAUCUUAAAUCUUUCACAAACUAUUCAGGUGGCUACACCGCAGACCAUCCUGUAAUUAAAAUAUUUUGGAGGGUUGUAGAAAGCUUCACUGAUGAAGAGAAACGCAAACUACUCAAAUUUGUAACGAGCUGCUCUCGACCUCCCCUUCUGGGGUUUAAGGAGUUAUAUCCUGCAUUUUGCAUUCACAAUGGAGGAUCUGAUUUAGACAGGCUGCCUACUGCCAGUACCUGCAUGAACUUGCUGAAGCUUCCCGAGUUUUAUGAUGAGAACCUGAUGCGAAGCAAGCUCCUCUAUGCCAUUGAAUGUGCUGCUGGAUUUGAACUCAGCUGAGUCCAACUGAUGCUUAUUUGGAUGAUCUGCAGAAGAAUGAACCAGUGCCUACUCUAUAAGCAGCACCCAUACCCAAGCAGUUUUAAGGGAUUCUAUCUACAUUUCUGCAGUUCUUGUGUCUUACCAAAUGCCCUCAAAUAGGUUUCAUUUCUAGACACGGUUUCUUAGUUAGCUUCCAUUACUGAAUAUUGCAUUGACACUGCUUUAUGACUCAAAACAAUGAAUGCUGUGUGCAGCGUGGCUGAUUUCUGUGUUUAUGUGAAGAAAGAGCACAUUUAAAGAGCAGUGACAUCUCAGUGAAAUUAACCAAAGAUGAAGCUUUGGCUUUGUGCUGUUCAAACAUAAAUAAUUUUGCAAACUGGCAAUAAAGUUGUGUACUGUGCGGUGCAUUGGGAUGAGACAGGGCUAACAUUCUGUAAUUAAUCUUUUAGAAAGAAGGCAAGCAGAUGUUUGCAGAUAUGCCAGAACUGAGAGGAUGAAAAUGCUCAUUACUGACAACCUAACACAUUAACUUACAUUGUAGAGUUGUUUACAAAUCUUAGAGAGAUGGGCAAUCACCAACCCCAUGAAGUUCAACCAGGGCAAGUGCUGAAUUCUGCACCUGGGACAGGGCAGCCCUGGCUGUGUGGACGGACUGGGGAAUGACAACCUGUAGAGCAGCUCCACGGAAAGGAAUCUGGAGGGUCCUGGUUGAUGGCAAGUUGAUGAGCCCUGGCAUCCAGAAGGGCCAGGCGUGUCCUGGGGGCAUCAGGGACAUCAUUGCUGGUCAGGCAAGGGAGGGGAUUGUCCCGCUCUACUCUGGGCUGGGGCAGCCUCACCUUGAGUCCUGGGGGCAGUUUUGGGUGCCACUGGGUAAAGACAUUGAGCCAUUAGAGAGCAUCCAGAAGAGGCCACAAGGAUGGUGAAGGGCCUGGAGGGGAAGCCAUGUGAGGAGUGGCUGGGGGCACUUGGUCUGUUCAGCCUGGAGGAGACUGAGGGGAGACCUCAGUGCAGUUACAACUCCUCGUGAGGGGGAGAGGAGAGACAGGCGCUGAUCUCUGCUCUUUGGUCAGCAGGGUUGAGACCUGAGGAAACAGGAUGGAACUGGAUUGGGGAAGAUUCAGGUUGGGUAUCACAAAAUGGUUUCUCACCCAGAGAGUGGUUGGGCUCUGGAACAGGUUCCCCAGGUCAGUGGUCACAGCCUCAAGUCUGCCAGAGUUCAAGAAGCAUUUGAAGAAUGUUCUCAGACACUUGUGAUUCUUGGGGUGUCCUGUGCAGGGCCAGGAGUUGGACUGGAUGAUCCUGAUUGACCCCUUCCAGCUCAGCAUAGUCCAUGAUUCUAUGAUAGUUGCAGAAUUGAUUUUGUUUCACACUACCUUCCCUCAAGAUGGUAGGCACUGAGAUAGAUAAAAUUGGUGUAAUAUUCCAUUUGUGCUUUCUGAAACACUUUGAAGAAAAUGGAUUUGCAUUAUUUUAAGUUCAAUCUUUGCUGCAUCAUUAUCACUUGGAUACUGUUCUGAAUGGAUGUGACUUUCCAGGUUUUUUCUGUCCUGCUUCUGUCUUUUGUGCCUGUACAGGUUUGUUGAUUGGUUGGUUGGUUUUAAAUGAAUCAGUCUCCUAUUGCAUACACAGUACAUACAGAAACCACCACUUUGGAAAAAUAUACAUGUAAUAAUUAUUAAAGUUAUUUGAACCAAAGUUAUCAGGCUUUAUCUUUUAUAUUUGAAGCCUGUGGUGUUCACAUUCCUUUUCUCUGUCAUUUCUUUCCAUCCUAAAUGCCAUAUCUGUGCUGUAGACACUAAUGAAAUUAACUUUUUUUUGUGAUUAAACAGCUUUUAUAUACAUUUCCCUGCAGUAUUUCUGCUGAGAAAAGUAAGUGGGAAUAUGCUGCUUAAUAUAAUUUGAUAUCUGGGGAAAAAAUUGCUCUUGUAUGGAAGGAGCUGAUCCUCUAGUAGUAGGCACAUCGUAGGGUUUCAUAUGCAAACUCUAGUCUAGAGUUUAAAAAAGGAAUUAUAGUUCAGACUGUAAGAUUCAUCAGUCCAUCCCUCUGAACUUUACUUUUAUAUUUUAAAUUAUCAGAAAAUACAAUCAAAUUUGUAUUCAUCUCUUAUGCAAAAAAAUACUUUGCUGUUACUGGAAACUCUGCUGGAUUUCCUAUUUAAUAAGCAGUUACCAGCAAUAUCCUUUUAAAUGUGGGGAAACUGAGUGGUUUUAAGAUGUUUACUAGUAACCAUAUAAAAAUGUAUAAUUUCCUAAUUUGGGUAAUAAACGAAGUGUUAAAAUACUAUUUGUAGUCUUGAUGUACAGAAAUAAAAUGAUUGGUUUUCUUUUUGGUUUUGCUUUAGGCUUUUUAUUUAUGUUAAAUGUUACAUACUCAACCUAUUCUUUAUCCCAAAUUCUUUUCUUGUAUAUUUUUCUACAUAAAUUAUGAAACUUGUAAAGAAGUUGAAAAAGAGAUCAGUAAUAGUGAAACUGCCUCCUCCUAAUUGCAAAACCUGAACACUUCUUUUAGAUAGCAUUAUUUAUUUUAGAACCUAAUGCUUUAAAUAUUUUGAAAUUAUUUUUCAAUUCCAUUAUUUUGCUACAUUGGGUAGUGUUGUAUUUGUAUUUUGUAAAAUUAAAUUAAAUUUUUCUAUUAAAUAUUUGUAUUUUGAAGAUUGUGUUGGAGUCAUGCCAAGUACUGGUGACUGGUAACGUCCACUUUGUACUUUAGAAAAGGAGCCAGUGCCCACUAUUGCUGUCUGUGGCCAGGGAAGCAGCGGGUGCCACAGAGAGGGUAGGCUGGGGGAAGUGUGACUUGCACAGAGCUGUAAUUGCAGGCAUCACAGAGCUGCAGAAACCUUCAGGAGAGAACUUGAGUUUGCUCAAAGUACUCUGAUGUUUUAUUUCUUCCAUCUGCAGCGCUCGGUGAUGUUUGUGUAUCCUGUACAUGAAGUGUGUCACUGGCACAGGCAGGGCAUCAGAGCAGCUGUAGCCCAAAUUUCACUGUGCACAGGCUGGAGGUCGGUGCAGCUUCACCACCUUCAGAAUCCAGGCUGGAGUGAGAGGAGAAUGGGGCUUCCCUUUGGCAACCAGUGCUUCCAGCUCUGCCAGCUGUGUUCAGAGAGGCAGGAUUAAGCACGAGUACCUGCUCAAUGGUAUUUCAAGGCACAGGAGAUAAAGGUGUGAGAGGUAACAGUCAUGUCCUGAGAAGCGGCGGGUUGAAAAGAUCUCUCGUAGCACUUACAUAGCAAGAAUUGUUUCUAUAUGAAGCUGGAUUUUCUGGAUUUUAAAAGAAAAGCAAACUGUCCCCCAGUGGUGUCGCUCCCAGAGUUUAGGUAGGCAGAGGCAGGAGCACUCUGCAUGCAA